AUGGCACAAAACACUCCGAAGCAGUCACAGCAGCAGUCGUCGCCAUCAUCGUCGGCCUCUCAGACGCCGUCCUCUUCUGGUAUGGGAGCACAGUCAGCUCGGACAAACUCAAAUGGCCAAUCAUCAUCCCAAGGCCCGGGCGCCAGACCAGGGGGUCCCUUCUCAGCGUCGGACCUUAAUCGGAUUGUGUUGGAAUACUUGAACAAGAAAGGUUACCACCGUACAGAGGCUAUGUUAAGGGCCGAAAGUGGCCGGACGUUAACCCCACAAAAUAAGCAGUCGCCUGCCAACACCAGGACGGGCCGGUUACCAGAUCCAAGGUCAAUGCCACCAUCUGCAGAAAGAAAUGCAAGGCCUGUGAGUAACCCUGUGCCUUCAAAGAGAGAUGCUGAUGACCAAACCGUCGUUUCCGUUGAUCAGCUUAGAGAGACAACUUCACCUGAGAGUUACAUUAGAGCCUAUUCACUUUUAAGGAAUUGGACCGAUUCUUCCUUAGAAUUUUACAAACCGGAGCUUCUGCAUAUCAUUUACCCCAUUUUCAUCUACCUCUUCUUGACCCUGGUACCAAAGAGCCCACUUUAUGCUCGCAGGUUCUUCGACAGAUUUUCUGCAGAUUUCAAAAUUAGCCACGGCUCCGAGAUAAAUAGGCUGUUCAGCGUUAACUCCAUCGACCAUAUAAAGGAGAAUGAGGUCGCCAAUGCCUUCCAAACGAACCGCUACAGAGUUACAAUAUCAAGAACUACGUUAAACCUGUUGCUUUACUUCUUGAACGAGAAUGAAGGAGUUGGUGGAUCUCUUAUCAUCAGCAUUAUAAAUCAACAUUUGGAGCCCAAUAUCGUCGAUAGAGUCACUUCAAAAGAUACUUUGGCUGACGGCAUAAAGAUUAUAGAGUCGGAAAAUGGCAAAUCAGAUAUAACUUCAGAGAUAAACUCAACAGUCGUCAAACUAGGUCCUUUCCCGAAGGAUGAAGAGUUUUCAAAGGAGGUUGAAACCGAACUCAAGAUCAAGGAUGAUCAAGAUAAAAGACAAGGUCAGCAGGAUGCUUCUGCUAGUGAUAGAAAAACUCUGCUACAGGAGUACAGAGAAAUGAAUAAUGAACCAUAUAAUGAAGCAAACAAUACGAGUACGAUUAACGCUUCAUCUGUAUCAGCACCUAAUGUUAAGGAGGAAGACGAAGAAAAUAGUGAAACGAGGGAGAAGGAAGAAAGUGAUGCCGCCAAAGAAAAAAAUGACACUUCGAAUAUGCUACCGGCUCCAAAAGCGGGCGAGAAAAAACAGCCAUCCCAACAACAGGCUGGAAAAGUAGCGGCAGCGACACCUAAAGAUGCUAUGAUGGAAUCCCCUUCUAUUAGCUCUCUGCCGUUGCCAGUAAAAACUUCACUUGAUCUGAAGCUUGAAAUCCAGAAAGUCAGGGAGUCUAGGGAUGCGAUAAGACUCGAUGACUUGCAGCUUGCGCUUCCAAGUGUUUGCAUGUACACAUUUCACAAUACGAACAGGGAUAUGACAAGUUUGGAAUUCAGUGACGACUGUAGGAUGGCAGCGUGCGGCUUCCAAGAUAGCCAAAUCAAGAUAUUUUCGUUGGACGGAUCAUCGCUAGACAAUAGGCUGACUGAAACUAGACGAAGCGGCAAUAAACUGAUUAGUAAUGAAGAUACUACCGCAACUAUGAUCGGACACAGUGGAACCGUGUACUCUACAAGUUUCAGUCCCGAUAACAGAUAUCUUGUGUCGGGAUCUGAAGAUAAGACAGUAAGACUAUGGUCCAUGGAUACUUACACGUCAUUGGUAAGUUACAAGGGCCACAACCAUCCCGUUUGGGACGUUGAAUUUUCACCUUUGGGUCAUUAUUUUGCAACUGCAUCGCAUGAUCAUACGGCAAGACUCUGGUCCUGCGACCAUAUUUAUCCUUUGAGAAUAUUCGCUGGUCAUCUGAAUGACGUGGAUUGCGUGUCAUUCCACCCGAACGGCUGCUACGUCUUCACCGGUUCUAGCGAUAAGACUUGCAGAAUGUGGGACAUCACCACAGGGGAGUCAGUAAGGCUAUUCCUUGGCCUAUCGGCGCCAGUCAUAUCGACGCGCGUUUCUCCCGAUGGUAGAUGGCUCUCCACCGGCAGUGAAGAUGGUGUGAUCAACGUUUGGGAUAUCGGUACCGGUAAGAGGUUAAAGCAGAUGCGCGGACAUGGAAAAAACGCUAUUUACUCACUCUCCUACAAUAAAGAAGGUAAUGUAUUAAUCAGUGGAGGAGCUGAUCACUCCGUAAGGGUGUGGGACCUGAAGAAAGCCACCACAGAAUCCGGUGCUGAACCCGAAGAGCCGUUUGUGGGCUAUGCCGGCGAUGUUACGGCUUCGAUCAAUCAAGAUAUCAAGGAGUACGGUCGGAGACGUACUGUGAUACCAACCAAUGACCUAGUUGCUUCGUUUUACACGAAGAAGACUCCAGUCUUCAAGGUCAAAUUCACAAGAAGUAAUUUGGCGCUGGCCGGCGGUGCCUUUAGAGACUGA